AGUCAGGAUGAAACUUCCUUCUGAAGGACAUUUUCGGUAGCUCACACAGAGACGGUUUCACUUCAGAUUUUUCCUCAUUCGGUGUCCUACUGCAUAAUGAUUUGGGAACAACAUCUGGAAUAAGAUCUAGUGUUGUCACAGAAGCAAUGGCAACGUCAGCUCUGACAGGUUUCUCUGUGCUGAGUCUGCUCAGCCUUGGGUAUCUCAGCUGGGACUGGAUGAGUCCAAACCAGGUGGACAGUGAGUCUGCCCAGACUUUGGGGGGCAGACCUCUGGGCCAACAGCCUCCUCACAUCAUAUUCAUCAUGACGGAUGACCAGGGAUUUAAUGACAUUGGCUACCACAGCUCUGACAUCAGGACGCCAGCACUGGAUAAACUGGCAGCAGAUGGAGUGAAACUGGAGAACUAUUACAUCCAACCUAUCUGCACGCCGUCCCGCAGUCAGUUCAUCACCGGCAGGUAUCAAAUUCAUACGGGCCUGCAGCACUCAAUCAUCCGACCACGCCAACCUAACUGUCUGCCUUUUGACCAGAUCACUUUCCCUCAGAGACUGCAGGAGCUUGGCUACGCCACCCACAUGGUUGGAAAGUGGCACCUGGGCUUCUACAGGAAGGAGUGCUUGCCCACUCGCCGUGGCUUUGACACAUACUUUGGGUCCUUAACCGGCAGUGUGAACUACUACACCUAUGACUCCUGUGAUGGCCCCAGGAUGUGCGGCUUUGACCUCCAUGAAGGAGAGACUUUAGCCUGGGAUCAGAGGGGUAAAUACUCCACACAUCUAUACACUCAGCGGGUCCGUAAGAUCCUGGCAACUCACAAUCCACACACUCAGCCGCUGUUCAUCUUCCUCUCCUUUCAAGCUGUACAUACACCACUGCAGUCCCCACGAGAAUACCUUUACCCGUACCGUGCGCUGGGCAACGUGGCGCGUAGGAAGUAUGCUGCUAUGGUGUCCACAGUAGACAAGGCGGUCCAUAAUGUAACAUACGCCCUCCGCAAGUAUGGUUACUAUCAGAACACAGUCAUCAUCUUUUCUACUGACAACGGUGGCCAGCCAUUGUCUGGUGGCAGCAACUGGCCACUCAGAGGACGCAAAGGUACAUACUGGGAAGGUGGAGUCAGAGGUCUUGGGUUCGUUCACAGCCCUCUGUUGAGAAGGAAGAAAAGGGUGAGUAAAGCCCUGGUGCACAUCACUGAUUGGUAUCCCACAUUAGUGGGAUUAGCAGGUGGUAAUUUGUCCCUGAUGGAGGGGGUGGACGGGUAUGAUGUUUGGGAUGCGAUCAGUGAUGGCAAGGAGUCGCCCAGGUUGGAGAUCCUCCACAACAUUGACCCUUUGUAUAACCAUGCUCGCAGCGGCUCCAUGCAGAAAGGAUAUGGGAUUUGGAAUACAGCUGUACAGGCCUGCAUACGAGUUGGAGACUGGAAACUCCUAACAGGAGACCCUGGCUAUGGAGACUGGAUCCCACCUCAGCUGCUUCCAGGAUUCCCAGGUAGCUGGUGGAACCUGGAGAGGCAGACUAAUAAUCAGAAAUCACUGUGGCUGUUCAACAUCUCUGGUGACCCUUAUGAACGCUGUGAUGUUUCUGAGCAGAGGCCAGAUGUGGUGAAAGAGUUGCUGGCUAGACUUGUAUACUACAACCGCACUGCUGUGCCAGUACGGUACCCAUUAGAGGACCCACGUGCAAACCCAGUCCUGAAUGGAGGUGCCUGGGUGCCCUGGAUGGGAGAAGGGGAGGAGGACCGCUGGGACAGUAUCUACUACAAAAAGAACAAGGACUGGAAAAAUAAGCUUAAACUGUCUGAAAGCAGGUGGUUUUUCAGGAGACUUAACACUAAGAUUAUGUCCAACAGGAUUUAAGAAAGGAUCUAAAUGAAAAUCACUAAACGUUCGUUAUUAUGUAUGUUUGUUGGUGGCACUUUCUAAAGAUGUCUAUUAUGCAAUAAAUAAAGAGAAGGAGAUUGUGCAAGA